GAGACUGUCACGUGUGACUACCAUGUUUGUCUCGUUCUCUCUCUAACCCGAUCUCACGCUAUCUUUCUCCUCCUAGCCCAUAAAACUCCCCUCUUUCCAGCCAUAGAGUGACUCUCAGAGACCUCCAUAGACCAAAACAGCAUUCACAGAGCAAACGGAAAUGGCGUCGUCUAGGGUUUCGCUCUGCUUCUGCUUGUUCCUCGCUCUGUGCCUCACCACGAUCCGCGCCGAAGAGGCUGAAUCGAAGGAGUUCGUGCUCACUUUGGACAGCUCCAACUUCUCCGACACUGUGAGCAAGCACGACUUCGUCGUCGUCGAGUUCUACGCCCCUUGGUGUGGCCACUGCAAGAAACUUGCUCCGGAGUAUGAAAAAGCUGCAUCCAUUUUGAGUAGCAAUGACCCACCAGUCGUUCUAGCAAAAGUUGAUGCCAAUGAAGAAGCAAACAAAGGACUUGCCUCUGAAUACGAGGUUAAGGGUUUCCCCACAAUCAAGAUUCUGAGAAAUGGUGGGAAGAUUAUCCAAGAAUACAAGGGCCCUCGUGAAGCCGAUGGUAUUGUUGAUUAUUUGAAGAAACAAAGUGGUCCAGCUUCUGCUGAAUUAAAGACUGUUGAAGAUGCAACUAAUCUUGUUGGCGACAAGAAGAUUGUUGUUGUUGGGGUGUUCAAGAAGUUCUCUGGAGAGGAGUUUAAUAACUUCACAGCUCUAGCUGAGAAAUUGCGGUCUGAUUAUGAAUUUGGUCACACUCUGGAUGCCAAGCUCCUUCCACGUGGUGAAUCAUCAGUGUCUGGGCCUGUAGUUAGACUGUUCAAGCCAUUUGAUGAGCUUUUUGUUGAUUUUGAGGAUUUUCAUGUGGACGCUCUAGAGAAGUUCGUUGAAGAAUCUAGUUUGCCUGUUAUUACCGAAUUCAACAAUGACCCAAGCAAUCACCCUUUUGUCAUCAAGUUUUUUAAUAAUCCAAAUGAGAAGGCCUUGUUGUUUCUGAACUUCAGUAGUGAGGGUGUUGAUGCUUUCAAAUCAAAAUAUCGUGAAGUUGCUGAGAAAUAUAAUAAAGAAGGCAUAAGCUUUCUAAUUGGAGAUCUUGAAGCAAGUCAAGGUGCAUUCCAGUAUUUUGGACUUAAAGAAGACCAAGUGCCUCUCAUCAUCAUUCAGACAAAUGACGGACAGAAGUUUCUGAAACCAAAUGUGGAGCCAGAUCAUAUCAUAGCUUGGGUGCAGGAAUACAAGGAAGGGAAAGUAUCACCAUACAAGAAGUCUGAACCUAUUCCUGAGCCUAACAAUGAGCCUGUAAAAGUGGUAGUCGCUGACAGCAUCCAGGACGUUGUUCUCAAGUCUGGGAAAAAUGUGUUGGUCGAGUUUUAUGCUCCUUGGUGUGGACAUUGCAAGAAGCUUGCUCCAAUUUUGGAUGAACUUGCUGUCUCAUACGAAAAAGAUUCUGAUGUUGUUAUUGCAAAAUUUGAUGCCACUGCAAAUGAUGUGCCAAGUGAUUUCGAUGUCAAAUACUACCCGACUUUGUACUUCAAGACCGCAAGUGGAAAGAUCUUGCCAUUUGAUGAGGAUGAGAGGACUAAGGAAAGCUUCGCUGCCUUCAUCGAAAAGAACCGGGACAAAACUGAGAAACAAGGGUCAGAGAAACAAGAUUCCGGCAAAGAUGAGCUCUAAAAAGGAGGGGUAGGCCCUACAAUGGAGAACACAGACAUCGAGGCAGCUAGUUGGAUGUUAUGGCGGCUGAGAUAAAACUCUGACUUUGAGAAAUGAUAGAGGAGAGCAUAAAAGCAAUGUCCGACGGUACCUCCCCCCAUAUAUAUCCCUCCUCAUCCCUAUCUAUCAGUAGUUAUGUUUUUUUAUCUUUUUAAAUUUG